UAUUUUUACAUACGCAUCUGCUCAGAUCAACACUAUAUUAAUUGAAUUCCUGCCUUUGUGAUGUCUACCGUUGCCUCGGCCCGGGAAUCGCUCUCGCAUGCUCUUCAAAAUCGAUUUCUUCCUAAUCUUGAGUUUUUGCUUCAGGGCUCCAUUCUGGACUCUGCGGUGGAGCACUUAAUGCACAGAUUAAAAGGCCUAUGCGACAACGUGGACACAUCACCGGAGACUUUUCAUGACCUGGAGGUGUGCAUGAGCUUGCGGCAACCCAAUCAAAAUGCACCCUUAACUCUGCGGGUGCGACGCGCCUUGGAUCGUGAUGCACCGUUCCAGAUGCGUUAUCUUGGACAACCGGAGGUGGACCAACGCAAGCCUACAUUGGUGCGAAGUUGCAUGGACUGCGCUUGUACUAAUGGUAUUCUUGAAUUUCUCACAGAAAUGGGGUUUCGCCUCGAUUUUGAAUACAUAGCCAAGGGUUUUAUGUUUCGCAAGGGACGCAUGAAAAUAACCGUAUCAAAGCUUAUCAAAAUAAUACCCGGCAAGCAGCAAGAUAAUGAUCCGAUUUCACAAAGCUAUAUUGUGGAGCUAUCAGUGGUUGCGCCCAAUGGUCAAGAGAGUGUUGGGGAGGAAAUGCGCGUAUUUGCUGAUCAGCUAAAGCCGUUGGUGCAGUUGGAAAAAAUCGAUUAUAAGCGCUUACCAUAGAUAGUGGUUAAGGGUCAUUUUAUGAAUUUGUAUAGCAAUUAACUAUUUAAGUGAACUUUACAUACAUUUAUAUAAAUAUAGACGUAUACGUAUAUAUAUUUGCCAUCUUCAA